CAAGCAAAGAUGGUUUCUGCCAAGGAGCCAGCGAUCGCGAUGCCUUGGGGUCUGUCUGUCACCUUCCUACACUUCCUGUGCCUGACGACCUGCCUCACCGUGCUCCCGGGACAGCUCAAAAAGGAGGAGAAAUUAUGGCCGGAGAAUUUCACGCGCAUCCUGGACCGUCUCCUGGAUGGUUAUGACAACAGGCUGCGUCCUGGAUUUGGGGGUCCUGUAACCGAAGUCAAAACAGAUAUCUAUGUCACCAGUUUUGGACCUGUUUCUGAUGUAGAGAUGGAAUACACGAUGGAUGUUUUCUUUCGCCAGACGUGGGUUGACAAAAGAUUAAGAUAUGAUGGUCCCAUUGAAAUUCUAAGACUUAACAACUUGAUGGUUACCAAAGUGUGGACACCAGACACUUUCUUCCGGAAUGGGAAAAAAUCUGUCUCACAUAAUAUGACAGCCCCAAAUAAGCUAUUCAGAAUCAUGAGAAAUGGUACCAUCCUUUAUACAAUGAGGCUCACCAUAAGUGCUGAGUGCCCCAUGAGACUGGUCGAUUUCCCAAUGGAUGGUCACGCCUGUCCUCUGAAAUUUGGGAGUUAUGCAUAUCCAAAGAGUGAAAUGAUUUACACGUGGACAAAAGGACCUAAGAAUUCAGUGGAAGUUCCUGAAGAGUCUUCCAGUUUAGUUCAGUAUGACCUGCUUGGGCAUACAGCAUCCACUGAUACUGUUAAAUCCAUUACAGGUGAAUAUAUCGUUAUGACAGUACACUUCCACCUCAGACGAAAAAUGGGUUAUUUUAUGAUACAAACAUAUAUCCCAUGCAUCAUGACUGUGAUCCUCUCCCAAGUUUCAUUUUGGAUCAAUAAGGAGUCUGUUCCUGCCAGAACUGUUUUUGGGAUAACAACGGUUUUGACCAUGACAACUUUGAGCAUCAGUGCCCGGCAUUCUUUGCCCAAAGUAUCCUAUGCCACUGCCAUGGACUGGUUCAUUGCCGUGUGCUUCGCCUUUGUCUUCUCUGCGCUGAUUGAGUUUGCAGCUGUCAACUAUUUCACUAACAUUCAGAUGGAAAAAGCCAAAAGGAAGGCCGUGAGAUCUGCCCCUGAAGUUCCAGCGACUCCUAUGCAGAAGGAAAAUUGUGCCGAAGAGGCACCCAUGAGUACGGACUCGAACUCAAAUGUGAGAAAAAGAACUAAUGCCACCGUACAGGCGGAAACGGAGAGUGUCAGGAGAAUUGAUACAGGAAACAGUACCAUGCCACCUUCAACGGUAACUCAGGGGCCUUCGGACGCUAUGCCCCGAUCUCCUUCAGCAUCAAGUCCGAACCCCUUCAGCCGAAUUAGCAUAUCAGAAACAUUGGCUUCUGCAAGAGCUACUCCUUCAGCACCUCCCUCUACCCCAGUUUUAACUGGAUAUAUACCCCAGCAAGCCACGGCUGGAUCUCCAACCAUUCAUCGUUUACUUGGAUCUAGACUGGAGCAGAUUCAGACUACAGCAAAUACUUUGGGGGCGCCUUCAAAGUCGUCAGUCGUCGCUCCUCCUCCUCCUCCCCCACCCUCAAGCUCUGGCACCAGUAAGAUAGACAAAUAUGCACGCAUUUUGUUCCCCGUCACCUUUGGAGCAUUUAAUAUGGUCUACUGGGUGGUGUAUCUAUCCAAGGACACGAUGGAGAAAUCGAAAAGUCUAAUGUAGUCUUGCUGCUAUGUAGUAGGUUUUUUCUGAAAUUUAUU